AAUUGGCAAUUGCUUUGUUUAUUCAAUUAAAUGUACUCGCCCUAUUUAUCUCUAUUCACGCAAACAUUGAAGUGCGUUCAACCACCGCAUUAGCCAAUUCCAUUUGAAUGCCAGACGAAUUUGGCCAUUAAAAUGCUCCAUUUACAGAAGCUAUAAAACAAUCGCGGCCAGAAUCUCUGCCAAUUAGUUGGAAGGGAAUUUACAAACGGUUCGGAUCGGUUCGAUUUCGGUUGCUCAGCCAUGAUGCACUGCCUCCUUUGGCUGCUCUUGUCCCUGUGGAUCUUGUGCCUGUUUUGGCCAAGAACAGAGGGCCAAGUGAUCCGCAUUCCAAUGCAAUAUCAGGCCUCUUUUGUGGCCAGUCGGCGGCAACAUCGUGCAGGGAGAACAUCUCUAUUAGCCAAAUACAAUGUGGUUGGUGGACCGGAGAUAACGCCAAGGUUUAGCCAAGGAGCCACAGAAACUUUGGAUAAUCGAUUGAACCUAGAGUACGCCGGACCCAUUAGCAUAGGAUCCCCGGGGCAGCCCUUCAAUAUGCUGUUCGACACUGGAUCCGCCAAUCUCUGGGUGCCCAGUGCAGACUGUUCAUUCAAGAACUUGGCCUGUCAGCACCAUCAUCGCUACAACUCCAGUGCCUCGAGCAGUUAUGUUCCGGAUGGUCGAAGGUUUGCCAUAGCCUAUGGAACUGGAAGUCUGUCGGGUCGAUUGGCCCGGGAUACGGUGGCCAUUGGCCAACUGGUGGUGCGGAAUCAAACCUUUGGCAUGGCCAUGCAUGAGCCGGGCUCAACCUUUGUGGAUACCAAUUUUGCGGGAAUUGUAGGUCUCGGUUUUCGAGCCAUAGCUGAGCAGAGAAUAAAGCCAUUGUUCGAAAAUAUGUGCGAUCAACAUUUAGUGGAUGAGUGUAUAUUCUCGUUUUACCUAAAACGCAAUGGCAGUGAAAGAAUGGGUGGUGAGCUACUGUUCGGUGGUGUGGAUAAGACCAAGUUCUCGGGAACCCUAACCUAUGUACCGCUCACCCAUGCGGGGUAUUGGCAGUUCCCUAUGGAUGGCAUAGAACUGGGCGGUAGGAUAAUUAGUCAGAAUCGCCAGGCCAUUGCGGAUACGGGCACAUCUCUCUUGGCAGCUCCUCCCAGGGAAUAUCUGAUAAUAAAUAGCCUUCUAGGCGGUUUACCCACUACGAAUAAUGAAUAUCUGCUCAACUGUGCAGAGAUCGAUAAAUUGCCCGAAAUAGUGUUCAUCAUUGGAGGUCAGCGAUUUCCCCUGCAGCCCAGGGAUUAUGUAAUGAGUGCUGCCAAUGAUGAUGGAUCGGUGAUAUGUCUAUCCGCUUUUACGCUGAUGGAGGCAGAGUUUUGGAUUCUGGGAGACGUGUUCAUAGGGCGUUAUUACACCGCCUUUGAUGUAGGUCAUCGGCGGAUCGGAUUUGCCCCAGCAGCCUAAGCAACACGUUUCGCUCAGUUUCGUUUCCAAUAAGCCACAAACAUCUGUUCUAUUUAAUGACACAACUUGGCCAUAAAACGUGGCUGGAGAGAAAUCACGAGAGUAGACUACAGAGGGAAUAACGAUUGAAACCAGAUUGUGGAAAAAAACAGCUGACCGACUCACGUUCGGUUCGG